AUGCCCGCCCGCCUUAGCAAGCAUGUCGGAACCGACACUGUUCAUGACCCUUUCUUCCUGUCCAAUGCAACAUCGGCCAGCAAGCCUGCCCUUGCACUGCCCAACAUGGCCACCAUCGAGCCACGCCUGAUCCAUCUGUUAAACGAGGCCACAUCGACACCUCACUUUCACCAUGCCGACUUGCCCCCCCUACACGCUCUGCCUCUGCCAGGUUCGGCGGAAAGGCCUCUGCCUCCCAUCGAUCUAGAUGUGGCCCACCGAGCCGACCGGCCCAGCGGCCCCUCGGCAUAUCCACUCCGCAUGGUACUGGACAGAGACACCCCGGAAUCAUCAAGCAAUCGCCCCAGGACCCUCAACGACUCGGGCCAUGUUUCUGACCAUGUCCACGACAAGAAAAGAGGCCGCAAAGUCCACGGCAACGAUGAUUACGACUUCCUUCAGCUUCCCCAACCCAUCAAGAGGCACAAGUCGUCGCAUCAAGCGCCCGCCAUGCCGCCCAUCAUCAACGGUCUGCUCGAGCCUCCGCCGCAUGCGGCUCUGUUCCCGCCCAUCGCCUCAAGCUCGUACAGUGAAAACGAUGCUGGCAAGCUCAGGCUGCUGAGCGAGCAUGCCUACGGCGGCGCUUCCGAGGAUCGCGGCCGACCGUCGCCCGAAGCUGACAAGGCUCCCGGCAAAAGCAGGAAGCGGGCCGCCAAGCCUCGCAGAAAAUGGUCAGAGGAAGAAACCAAGCACCUGCUCCUGGGAGUCAACCGCCACGGCGUGGGAAAAUGGACCAGCAUCCUCGAGGACCCAGACUUUACCUUUGUCGACCGAACCGCGGGCGAUUUGAAGGACCGCUUUCGGACCUGCUGCCCGGAAGAGCUUCGAGGCUCAAGCAAGUCAUCCUCGCUGGCAGGCUCGCCACGUGCAGCCUCCCAGGACAUUGUGCGACGAGCCAAAACGGGCCUUCACUCGGAGAAUAUCCUCAUCCAAGACUCCCCCUCGCCAAGGGACGAGCCCGACUCCGUGCCCAAGCCGAGAAAGAGUCGUGCCCACAGAAAAAAGCUAGAGGACCUGGCCGAACUGGGCAUCCAUGGCCCCUUUAAAAAAUCCCAUCGGCGCGAGAGACGCCCUUUCACGGACCAGGAUGAUCACGAGAUUCUGGAGGGACUGGACAUUUAUGGUCCCUCGUGGACCAAGAUACAACGCGACGCUCGAUUUCAUCUGUCGAGCCGACAGCCAACAGACCUGAGAGAUCGCGUUCGCAACAAGUAUCCCAGCAUCUACCAGCGCAUCGAAAAGGGAACCUUUCAUUCCAAGGAGGACGCUCUAGGUGGCGGCGUCCUGGAGCCUUCGGUCAACAUGUCCAUAGAGAGCUCGCUGCAGCGCUCCAAGGUAUCCGCUGCCAUGGUACCCCGAGCCGGACUCGGCAACUCCAAAGACGACCUUCACGCGUGGGCUUUGCACAUGGUUGACUCCUCCAACUAUGCUCAGCCGCCCCCCAGCUUUGACUUUGGAGAAGUGGGCAACUCUCAUCUGAUGGGUGGGGAAAUGGACAUUUCACGAUUAUUGUUGGAUGAUGGCAGAAUCAAUCAAUCACUUGCGCGCCACGGUGCAGACUAUUCCCCGGGGGCAUCAUCGCCGCCUUCGUAUAUAACAGAAUCGCGCCGGGAAAGGCAUGGUGCUCACUCCAUCCGAUGCUGA